UAAAAGAAAAAGAAGUACUAAUGUACAUGAUCUGGGAACGGAUAGUAGAUUCAAGUGAUUGAACUGAACACAAAAAAUCCCUAACUAAACAUACACCACUCUGUUCCCUUUGCUCGACAAUGGCGUUGGAGCUCCCAAAUGAUCUGAUCCAGCAAGCCAAGAUCUCGACCCGAACCGAAGCGGGUCUACCCGACUACAAUCCAGAUGACGCUUCACUUCCGGCCAUGCCUUCUCUUUCCGCCUCCGUCGCCGCUUCACCACCCUAUCUCCGCUGUAAACACUGCCAAGGCAAGCUUCUCAGAGGGCUACAGUCCUUGAUUUGCAUAUAUUGCGGUCAGAAAUUGCACCAAAAUGCUGAAGUUGCUCCUGACCCUAUUUCCUUUAAGUCCACUCUUGGCUAUCAAUGGUUUCUCCAAGCUCUUCGUCUCGAUGGAUCGGAGAAGGUUGGAGCAGCUACUGAAAAGAAUCAGGUAAACAAGGGACCGAGUUCACCCCAUGAUGAAAUUCUUUUGUCAGAUUUGCUUGAUCUGAAAAUUAGAUGGCCAACUGAGUUGGAGACAGACAACACUAUUACAAAUAAGAAGCUAGAGCAAAGCAAAAGCUCUUACAGUUCGACUGGAGUCGACCUGGACAACUUCCUUUCUUUUACAAACAUAUCCAGUGCUUACAGAGAACAGGCAGACAUAAGCGAUAAUAUUGGGGCUGCAGUAAAUAAAACUGAUGGAAGUCAUGAGGAUCUUAGUUUGUUUGAGAAUCUCAGAUCCUCUGAACCGGCUGUGACCUCUGCUACAGUCCAAACUACUGAUGACAGAUCCUCUGAACGAGCUGUGACCUCUUCUACUGUCGAAACUACGAAUGACUUUUCUGGAUGGAAAGCAGAUUUUCAGAGUGCUGAUUCAGGAGAGGAAAAUGUGUCUAACAAAUCUAGCACUCCUAUAGGUUCUGCAGGUCAGCAUGUGUUUACCUCAUUUGGCACCUCUAUGAGUUCCACAGUUAGUUCUGGAAACCAGCAGGAGUGUUCCAAAUCCGCUGAUACUUUUGUUGGCUCAGAUAUUGAUCUUUCUGCUCAGUUAGAUACAGUUUUUGGAACACCAAAAGGCCCAAUAGAUGGAAAACUGAUGGAUGUUGCAGCAGUUUCUCCUGCAGCUAAUGAUUGGCCGGCAGUUGACCUAUGGGAUAAUGCAAAUUCGGGAACAUCGCAAAACGCUGAGGAAGUUCUUCCAAUUGUGAGACCUAAGGAUGCUGAAUUACAAGAUAGUUCAAACGACCCCUCUACUAGCAUUGAUUGGUUUCAAGAUGACACAUGGCAGACUCAGAAUGCACCUGCAUCUAAACAUGAUGCAGCAAAUGGAGAUCAUGAUUCUUUUGAUGAGUGGAAUACUUUUACCUCUUCCGCACCCAUCAAAGAUCCUUUCAAGGAUGCUCCUGCACCUAAACAUGAUGCAGCAAAUGGAGAUGAUGAUUCAUUUGAUGAGUGGAAUACUUUUACCUCCUCUGCACCCAUCAAAGAUCCAUUUGAGAAUGCACCUGCACCUAAACAUGAUACUGCAAAUGGGGAUGAUGAUUCCUUUGAUGAGUGGAAUACGUUUACCUCCUCUGUACCCACCAAAGAUCCAUUUGAGAAUGUUCUGGUGCAAAGAGACAAUGACAACAAUAAUAAUAAUGCAGAACUAACAAAUUUCAGUUCAAACCUUGAAGAUAUGGAUUUUGGCAGUUUUUCGCAGUCAGAUCCUUUUUCAGGUGCACCUGGUAAAGAGGGUGUUUCUGCGGAAGUGAAUGACAAUAUUUUGGAAGUUCCUACCAUAUUCAGUGCCGUUGAUACCCCAAACAAGGUUGGUGACAACGCUGAACAUGCCUCAGAGAAUGCAGACAUUAUUGGUGAAUCGAUUUCAUCAAAGAAUGAUAUGGAUAUAGAAGGUAUAAUGUCGCAGAUGCAUGAUCUUUCUUUUAUGCUCGAGACCAAUCUAUCCAUUCCCUCAAAAUCCAGCAUUUCUCUUCCCAGGGAUUGAUAACCUGGAUUUGUUCACUUGUUAGUCUUGAAGAUUUAUGUAAUCAGUUUGAUCCUGUUCAUGUAUUUUAUUGUAAGAGAAUGUGAUUUUUUUUUGUAGUUUGUUAUCUUAAGCCAAGAUCCUGUUCCGGAUAUUUUGUUGUAACUAAAAAGAGAAGAGUUCUGUUUUUUGAGAACUUUCCCACAUCCCUAGAGUAGCUUUCUGGUUACGGAGUUUGCGAUGUAUUGUUUAUGGACCAUUUUAUGAGAUAUACGUGUAGGAAGAUAUAUAAAGAUCAGAUUGUGUUAUUACAAAGAUUUUCUCUGUAAAGAUCAGAUUGUAUUCU